GGGAAAGAUCUUCCUCCAUCCACUGUUACCACGUGCACAAUUGUAUAUGGCUCGGAUUCUCGGUAGUCCCUUGGCCGGAAUUCCUUUGCAUGUCGUAGCCUCAUGAGCUAACCUGGAGAUACCGGAUAGGUUUAAGGUCUCUGUGUCGUACAUAUAGGUACGAAAGUACGCGCGCAAUGGAAGAAUUUUUGCGCUUUCUCGCUCUCUCGUCUCGAAAAGCAGGCCCAUUCCUCCUAUUUGACUUUCAGUACUCGCCAGCAUGUCGAUUAAGGACAAAGUCAUUGUCAUUACGGGAGCCGCGUCGGGCAUAGGCUUGGAAACCGCCCGUCUCUUCGCCGCGAAAGGGGCAAAGCUCUCGCUGGCUGACAUUCAAGAGAAGCCGCUGAAGGACCUUGAAGCCGAACUCCAGCAAUCAGGCGCUCAGGUCAUCUCCCACGUAGUCGAUGUCAGUAACCGCAAAGACGUCGAGAACUGGAUCACAGCCACAGUGGAGAAGUUCGGUAAACUAGACGGUGCUGCGAAUCUCGCGGGCGUCAUUGGCAAGCAGAGCAGCGUUGCUGCCAUCCAAGACUUGGACGAUGCAGACUGGGACUUUGUCUUCGGUGUCAACGUUAUUGGAAUGCGGAAUUGUUUGCGAGCUCAAAUCCCGCAUAUGAACGAGGGAGGUUCCAUCGUCAAUGCAGCGAGCAUAUUGGGACUCAUUGGUGCGCCGAACAAUCUAGCUUACUGCGCGUCGAAGCAUGCUGUUGUUGGUAUGACGAGAUCGGCAGCGAAAGAACUCGGUCCGAAGAAGAUCCGAGUCAACUGCUUCUGCCCAGGGCCUAUCGACACGCCCAUGUUGAGGAAGUCGUACGAGAUCAACGGACAUCCUACCGACUAUAGCUUUCUUCCACUAGGACGAGCGGCAGAUCAGAAGGAAGUUCCGCCCCUGAUUGAGUUUCUCAUUUCUGAUGCAGCUUCAUUCAUCACAGGAAACGCCAUGCCGAUAGAUGGAGGGUGGUAUUGUUAGAUCUAGUAGUCAGCAGUGCUAUACCACCUUUGUCGAAUCACUUUCGAAGGUGCCUUUCAACUUCAUGAAGGCAGAAAGGUGGU